AUGGCAAACUUCACACACAACAUGACCCCGAGCCAGCGUCUCACAGUCUCCUCUCUCCUCUCCCCGCCUGAGAUGAAGCGCUCCGAGUCGUUUGGCUCUUCAAUUGCGCCCUCGUCGGCUCAAUCGUCCUUCUCCCCCUUUAAUUCCACGUCUGCGUCGUCCGCCAUGAAAUCCAACAUGGCGUCCUACCAGGCUGUUGGUUACGCCUCGCCACCGAUUUCGCCGUACAAUUCACAGGUGCAGAAGGAAAACAUGGGGGACAUGGAAGAACAGGGCUCACGCGACCCUCAGCUGUUUGUCUCUGGUGAUGCAGCGACGUCGAUGGCGCUCGAUGUGCCCCUGUUCCCCCAGGAGUCGGCUGAGGCUGCUUCCCAGCAUGUCAUCACGGAGCACAUGAAGUCACCCGGAUAUGCAAAGCUGCAGAGCAAGCCUGUCCGCGAGGACUACGAACUUGCCGUCUUUGUUCAGUCGACCGUGUUUGAGCAAUACGUCAAGAGUCCCAGCACGUGGUGGGCACGAGAGAGGAGUUACGACGCCCAUUACAGCCAAGCAAGCCGCGUGGAGAAGCGACACGCGCUGAAGAAACUCGCGCCUGCUCCGUCGGCUCGACCUCGCCAGCCUAAAGUCGCCCUCGCCCGACUUCCUCCUCGUACGCCUCGUGCGCCCAAAGCGAAACGCACCCCCCAAAGCCAUGUGCUGAACUCGUUCGACGCCACGCCCACGACUGCGUCUCCCAAGCCUGUACGACUGGCUACCAAUCGCGACGACACGGAUUACAAUGCACUGCCCAAUUUUUGCCCACCUCUCAACACACUGCCCAAGGGCAACAACAAGGUGCUCAAGGCCGAGUGGAAGGGAACGGUGCUUGAUCUCUCCAACGACGUCGACCGGCAUCUGCUGCACGAGGCAGAACUUCAUCUGGCCGCGACGCUCCGGCUCAAUUGCGCGACAUACCUUUGUAGCAAGCGACGCGUGUUCCAAGCGCGUGUCGAAACGCUCAAGAUUGGCAAAGAGUUCCGCAAGACGGACGCUCAGCAAGCGUGCAAGAUCGACGUCAACAAGGCCAGCAAGUUGUGGCAGGCGUAUGACAAGGUGGGCUGGUUUAACGCCGAGCACUUUCGCCAGUAUCUGUGA